UUUUUGCUUUCGACAUUAAGGUUCGACCCCCGGACCGAUUUUAUGCUUCCCCGGAAAUUGAAGCUAGAGCUUGACAUAUACAUCCCCGCAUUUUCACCGUUCGACCAUAUUAAAGCGCAAGCAUUCAAUCAUGGCCAAAUCUACUUCCCCCCUCCCUCCUGCAGUAAUCACCCUCAACGUCGACAAGGCUCUGCCCCUAGAUGUCGACGAAAUCACGCCGGAAUGGCUUUCCGAAGCCCUAGGCGUCAAGAUAACCAAGGCUGAGGUCUCGAAAACGAUGGCUGGAACAGCCACAAAAUACCUCUUCAACGUAACCUACGCAGACCAAGCUGCCGCAGGGAACCUGAAGCUCCCGAGCAGCAUCUGCGUCAAAGGUGGUUUCGACGCCAACAUGCGCGCCUUAGGACUUGAUUCCGCCUACCAUCGCGAAGCCGAAUUCUUCGCCUACAUCGCCCCUGAACUGCACGCGCGUAACUUCCUCGUCCCGCGCGCUCUACACGCCAGUACGGACACCGUCAACGGUCAAGGCAUCGUCAUUUUUGAGGACUUGGACGCCGCAAACUACAAGUUCGGCGAGAUCACUGAGCCAUGGACACCCGAGCUUGUCACAGGCGGUCUUGAACAGCUCGCCGGUCUCCACGCGCUGACAUGGGGCAAGACAUCCGCGGACUACCCCUGGAUCGGCGACGGCAACAUCCUCAAGACUAUCGCGGCGAGCCUAUUCAGCCCAGAGUACUGGCAAGCGCAAUUCUACACCGACUUCCGCCCCGCGGGGGUCCCAGAGGAGAUUUUAGACCGCGAGCGCAUGUACGCCGCGUUCCUCAAGAUGUGGCGGACUGAGAACCCGAAGUUCAGAUGCAUGACGCACGGCGACGGGCAUCUUGGGAACACGUAUAUCUCGCCUGAAGGCCAGCUCGGGUUGAUUGAUUUCUAGGCGCCGUCGAUUGGUAGCGCGAUUGAUGAUUUGUUGUAUUUUAUCGGUGGGGCGCUGACGGUGGAGGAUAGGCGCAAGCAUGAGAGGGAGCUGGUGCAGGAGUACUUAGAUGCGCUGCAUAAGAGCGGCGGGCCAAAGUUCUCGGUUGAGGAUGUGUGGUUUGAUUACCAGAAGCAGCAUGUGCAUGGGUUUGUGUGGGCGAUGACGGCGCCGAUGAUGCAGAGUAAGGCGCGAGUAGACGCGAUGACGGAGAGGUAUUUGGCGGCCAUGUUGGAUCAUGAUAGUAUUAGGCUUGUGGAG